AUGAGGUCUUUCGCGGGGUUUGUCUCCCUCUCUAUCGUCUCGAGCGCCUAUGCAUUCAUUGGACCUAUCGCCAAUAUGCAUGUCGGUAAUAAGGUCCUCGCCCCCGACGGCUUUACUCGCUCGACUGUCCUAGCUGGCGCAAAUGCGGCCACGCUCGCGUUCCCCGGCCCAGUUGUUCGCGGUCUCAAGGGCAAUUUCUUCAAGCUCAAUGUCAUCGAUGCAUUGACCGACACGACUAUGUUGACUAGUACUUCCAUUCACUGGCACGGUCUCUUCCAAAAAGGAUCCAGCUGGGCCGAUGGCCCAGUCGGUGUGACCCAGUGUCCAAUUGCACCGGGGAACUCUUUCCUCUACGAAUUCAGAGUGCCGGACCAAGCGGGUACUUUCUGGUAUCACUCUCACCACUCCACCCAAUACUGCGACGGUCUCCGAGGUGCAAUGGUAGUGUACGACAUCCGCGACCCUCAUCGGAGCAGAUACGACUUCGACGACGAGUCCACGAUCAUCACGCUCGCCGACUGGUAUCACUCAGUUGCGCCGAGUGCGGGACUUGUGCCAACCCCUGAUUCCACCCUGAUCAACGGAAAGGGCCGCUAUGCUGGCGGGCCUACCGUUCCGCUCGAGGUCAUCCGCGUUUUGCCUAACAAGAGGUACCGUUUCCGCCUGGUGUCCAUCUCUUGCGAUCCGAACUUCACGUUUUCGAUUGAUGGCCACACCAUGACAAUCAUCGAGGUCGACGCAGUCAAUGUGACUCCACUCGUUGUGGACGAGAUCCAGAUCUUCGCCGGACAGCGCUACUCCUUUGUAUUGAACACCAACAGGCCGAUCGGCAACUACUGGAUCCGGGCUCACCCGAACAUCGGCCCGCAGGGUUUCGUAGGCGGUCUCAAUUCUGCCAUUUUAAGAUAUUGGGGCGCACCCAACGCCGACCCGACAACAACAUCGUCUGUCAGUAACCCCAUGCUGGAGACCAACCUCCACCCGCUCACAAACGCUGGUGCACCUGGUGUUCCGACCCUUGGAGCUGCUGAUGUCAAUAUCAACUUCGACAUUCUCUUCGACUUCGCCAGCUUGACAUUUAAUGUAAAUGGCGCGACUUUCCACCCACCCACCGUUCCGGUAUUGCUACAGAUCAUGAGUGGUGCUAUGACUCCUUCGGCAUUGCUUCCUCCCGGUUCAGUCUACGUCUUGCCGCCCAACAAGGUGGUCGAGCUCUCCUUGCCCGGAGGCUCCAUCGGAAGCCCUCAUCCUAUCCACCUUCACGGACACACCUUCGAUGUCGUCCGUAGUGCGGGCAGCUCGGUCUACAACUAUGCCAACCCUAUCAAGCGGGACGUGGUGAACAUCGGUGGUGCUGGCGACAAUGUGACCAUCCGAUUUGCGACCGACAAUCCGGGCCCAUGGAUCAUGCAUUGUCACAUCGACUGGCACUUCGAGAUUGGUCUUUCUGUCGUCUUUGCCGAAGAUGUUGUGACCGUGAAUACCGCGAACCCUCCCACUGCUUGGGACAACCUAUGUCCUAUCUACGAUGCUCUGCCACCGCAGACUUUCCCAUGA